CUCAAUAGUACAUGUCCGCCAUAAGUGUUGGGUGGCUGUAUGUCGGUUGGGGAGCUGUUACCUUCGAGACCAAUUACGGCCUCAUGCAGCAAUCUCCUCCAGAGAUUAAGGAAAAGUUACUGAAGGCACUCGACAGGGAAUACAAUGUUGUGGACAUGGCCACAGUGCUGGAGAUUGUGUCUCUGCUGGAGAGGACACCUAUCACAAAAGAAGCACUCGAGACUACAAGGUUGGGGAAAUACAUCAAUGAGCUUCGUAGAAAAACAAAAAACGAUGCUUUGGCCAAAAGAGCCAAAGAUUUGGUGCGGAGAUGGCGUGACAUGAUUCUGCCACAAGCGGAAACGACGCCUCAGCAUAAUGGGUCGGCAAGACUACCAGCCUCCUCCAACAGUAGUAGUAGACCUCCCAGUAGCUCCACCCAGCCAAGGCCAGGCGUUAUAUCACCAGCAGUGUCCAUCCCCAGCACCACUACCAGUCCUGCCCUCUCACAACCUAGCCGGGGCGAAGCAGUGCCUAAAACACACGCAUCCAACAAGCGUCUGCGAAAAGACACUUCUCCGAGUGAAAAACCUCCUGCCAAAAUGCCUAGACUCAACGGUUCGGCGUUCAGGCCGGACAUCGGGGAAUGUAGUCGCGAUUCUAGUGACCGAGCUUCGGACGGCUGUGAAAUCAUUUCUGUGGUGACGAAAACUAACGAUCGACCGCUCAGCGAUAAAAAGAAAGGUCGUAAAAAGGGUUCCAAAAACCACUUAGGGAAGGAAAUUAGUCAAGCUUCUAGUGAUGAUAUAGUUAAGGAAAAAAUAGCUUCAAUCGCAAGGACUCCUAGAGUGAAAACUACCCAGGAGUUACUCGCUGACCUCAAGUCAAAGACUGACGGAACGUUACUUGUGGAAAACCGACCAGAGAACUGUGUGCUGCCAGGUGGGGAUGAGCUGACUCGGAAUAAAACCGAGCACAUCGCCAAGUUCCUCAGAUCGCAAUCCGAGGUAGUUAACGACGAUUCCAUAGAUGUUAUUAAACAAGAAGAACUGAGGCCUGGUACAGAGUCACUUCCUUCCCACUCAACUGUCGGUCCCGCACAAUCCUCCCGUGCCUCUUCGACAGUGCCUCCGUCUCCCGCGCCUGAGGAGUCUAUCGAGCGGACCGUUGAGGAGAUUUUAUCUAGGUUACCUCCGUUGGACCCGGAAGCUAUCCAGUGGGACGAGUGCCAGAGUCCCCCCUCCUCUCCCCCUCCUCCGUGUUCGGUAACUGAAGCAGACGUUCUCAGACUACAUACCGAACAAAUAGAGUGUUUAAACGGUUGUGCAGACCAUUCUGGCCUAAAAACUAGUAAAGGUGAUGAAGGCUUUAGUGAAUGGCACGAAGUUGUAUCUAGAACGUCUUACAAUGGCGAAUUAUUACAUAUACUGCCUUACUGUGUAAUUGACUAAUAAAAUGUUGUUAUUAUGUGAUCGUGUUCCACAAAAUUUGUUGAAAAGUGUUGUUGAUUGUGUGUUUAAGGAAGGGUGGGGAAUUUUAAAGUGCAUUGGUUUUUUUGUAUAUUAUGACCGUAAGUUGUAUAUUGGCAUAUGAAGAAGCAACAAAUUAUCUUUGGAAAUAUUGGGCUGACUCAUCUUAAUUGAGUAAUAUUUGUUAAAAACUGGCCAUCUACAUCAUUGAAAUUACCUGUUUCUCUUAGUCCAACAUCUAUUUAAACAGUAUUUUUAACAAAGAAAUUCUUAUGUAUAUUGAGUUUUAUAGAAGGCCAUUUGUUGUGUUUUGUUUUUAUGGCAUAUGAAGACCUUUUGUUACCAUUUGCCCUAUUUGUAUAUUAAUGGUUAUUAAUAUCGAGUGUAAACAAUAUACUCUGUACAUUUUCAUUGUUAGUACCUAAUGUUAAUGUUUAUCUACAUUUACUUAUGUAAUUUAUUAAUUUAUUUUUCCACUUUUCUUGUUGUUAAAUCUGUUAUAAGGUUAUGAUUGUAUAUGUUUUCUUUUUACACUUCGUUUUUCUAUUUGAAGGUCUCAACAAGUUUCUAUUUUUAUUUCGACAAGGUGUCAACAUAUCCUAAACAAUAGAGUACUUCUAAAAGGAGAAAUAAAUCAUUACAGUAUUACCAUGUUAACAUGCCUAAAAAACUCAAUUUAUCAAAGCUUAUGCCUAUAUGUAUUAAUUUAGGAACUGUGUAAAUAGAAGGAUGGUGAACAACCUAGAUUGAUUUUUUUUCCAGUUAUAGCAUAACGAAUAUUGAUUCUGUUACAUAUUGCAUAAUGCUACUAAAAGUCUCAUAUCA